AUGAAUGAAAAUAGAUUUUCUAUCAACAAUGAAUUUGCGCCAUCCAUCUCGAAUCAAAAGAUUAAACCAAAACUUGUAAAAGUAAACACAUUAUUAAAUAAGUUUGCAUCUAUAGACGCAACCAAAUAUUUAUACAAAUUCGCUGUUGUUCAAGGCGUGCAAGUUCCCGAAACCUACAAAAUCCCGUACAUAAUCUACUCCCUAAUUUGGAACUUUCUGGCGAAUAUUUACUUACCAAUUGCAUUCGUCAUUGGCAUUUUCAAUGUCUCGGCGGCUGAACUACAAAUCGGCAAUUUGCUCACAUCAUUUCAAGUCACCUUUGAUGUCUAUGCUGGUGCCUUCAAAAUUAUUUAUUUAGCGUUCUUCAUUCAUAAAUUACGUCUGGCUGAUCCAGUUUUAGAACGUUUGGAUAAACGAUGCAAGGAACCGGAUGAAAUAGCAGAAAUUGAAAAUGUUGUCAGAUUUGGACGUAUUUGUGUCAUGGGUUUUGCAACGGCUUAUUUCAGUUAUUCAGCAAGUACAUUUCUGGGAGCUGUGAUAAUGGGACAUCCACCAUAUUCACUUUAUUUUCCUUAUAUCAACUGGCGUCAUUCGAAGUCGGAAUUUGUAGUUGCUUCCAUAAUUGAACAUCUUAUGAUGGAUCAGGCUUGUGUGCAACAAGUUGUAAAUGAUUCAUAUGCGGUGAUAUAUGUACGCAUAUUACGUACACAUGUAAAUAUUUUACUGUUGCGGUUACAGAAAUUGAGUACUAAUAAAGCACUGAGUCUGGAACAGAACUAUGAGGAAUUGAAACUAUGUAUAAAGGAUCAUAAAGCACUUAUAGAGCUCUAUGAUAUUAUUUCUCCGAUUAUAUCGGUUACUAUGUUUAUACAACUUAUGAUAACCGCAUCUAUACUGGGUACUACGCUGAUCAAUAUUAUGAUAUUCGCUACAGACUUCACUACCCGUGUGGGGUCCUGUUUUUAUAUUUUGGCAGUAAUCACUCAAAGUUUCCCACUUUGUUAUCAAGCACAGUGUCUCUUGGAUGAGAGUAGUCGAUUGGCAGAGGUUAUAUUGCAUUCAAAUUGGAUCGAACAGAAUGUGCAGUAUCGAAAAUUGCUUAUAUUCUUUAUACAACGUUCUCAAAGGUCUAUGCAAUUAACUGCUGGAAAAAUCAUACCAAUAACUCUGAAUAGUUUUCUUAGUAUUGCAAAAUUUUCAUUCACACUAUAUACUUUCAUCAAAGAAAUGAAUAUUAAAGAAAAAUUUGGCUUGGAGUAG